AUGGAAAAGAUAUGGAGUUUGUACCCUGUUGGAAAUCCAGUUAAUUACAAAAGUUACUCGAAAGAUGUGCAUGUAAAUGAAAUAAAAAAAGUACAGGAUGAAAAAAAUAAAAAUGCCUCAUCAAGUAUAAAUUGUAAUGACGAUAAAAUAGUAAGAACUAAUACCAAUCAGAUAGUUAAAGGAAAUGUUAUAAUACCUAGUAAACCAUUUAUAUGUAAGAAAUUAAUAGUCUUUGAUUAUGAUGAUACUAUAUUACCAACGAGUUGGAUCACUAUAAAAAUGAAGCUAGGAUUAUAUGAUACGAUUCCAGUACAUAUAAAACAGCUAUUUACUAAGUUAAGUACAGUAGUAAUUAAUACAUUAAAUUUAUGUUUAACACAAGGUAAAUUAGUAAUAGUAACAAAUGCAAGUUUAGAAUGGUUAAUAAAUUCAGCUAAGAAAUUUAUACCUUUUGUUUGGUCAUUUAUUAUGCAUAAUAAUAUUAGAAUAAUAUCUGCUAGGGAUAGAUUAAUAAAUUCACUAAUUGAUCCGAAAGAUUGGAAAAAAGUUAUAUUUCAUCAAAUUAUUAAUGAACUAUUAUCUCCCUAUCUAUUUAAUGCAUCUUUUAUAUGUUUUAUAUAUUCUGUAGGGGAUGGAAAUGACGAAAGAAAUGCUUGCUUUUUUAUUUCUCAGUUAAAUCAAUAUUCAUCUUGUAUAUUUAAAUCCUUGAAGUUUUUAUCAGAACCCACAUGUCAAAAACUGAUAGCGGAACACGAACUGUUCUAUUACUUCUUUAACAGCAGCAGCGAUGCCGGGCUCCCCAACUCCGCCGAUGCGUCCACAAACGCUAUAUUAGGUGGUGCAUUAAAUUCCAUUAAAAAUGCUACUACGGGUGUUACUGCUGUGGAUGCUACAACUGCGGAUGCUACAACUGCGGAUGCUACAACUGCGGAUGCUACAACUGCGGAUGCUACUACUGCCGUUGCUAUCACUGCAACUGCUAAUUCUACUAGUACCGCUAUCACUCCAAGUCGUAGAAGUACCAUUUUUAACAACGUUCUGCAUUAA